UGGUGCUGCAAUCUUUUCCACACAAACAGUAUUUGUUUUGUUUACAAACGCGCUGAGAAGUGCGAGUCCUCCGGGAAUCCUCUUGUUUGGUGUGAGUGAAUGGCGAGACUGACGGCCCUCUGCCCUCAGUAGCCGCCUGGCCAAGAAUACCUGGUCAGCAGGUGGAGCGAGAGGUGCGGCACAGAUGGCAGAUCGAAGCGUCCGAGGUUUGCACACGUGCAGACAGACGCACACCAAUGCCCACCUGGCGAGCAGCACAACUAUUAUGGACGUGCAAGUCUCCAGCAUGAACUCCCUCGACGUCACCGUCUACGCCAGCACCGAGGGACUAGAGGCUGCUGACAUCGGCGUACUAUCCAAAACUUCGUACGAGGCAAUCGGUUUCUUUAUGGGAAUCGUAUGUGCCGUUUCCGUGGUUGGCAAUGGCGCGCUAGCCUUAAUCAUGGUGGUCACGGGUGGAUGGCGUCGGCCUGCAGUCAAUCUUUACGUCUUCACCAUCACCUGCACCUCGUCAGUGGAGACAAUGGCGGGCUUCCCUCUCAUCAUCUCCUCCAGUCUCAAUGGAAAGUGGAUGUUCGGUGAUACUGGAUGCACAUACUACGCGUUUGUAAUGUACACCUGUGUGUUGGUCAUCAUGACCUGCUACCUGCUGAUUACUUAUCACAGGUACAGAGUGGUCGUAGAGGGUAUACCAGCUGACAAUCGGAACUCACGCCACUGGAUUGCCAAGAGCGUGGCAGGUGCCUGGACCUACGCCCUGUGCUGGAGCAUCUGUCCCUUCCUAGGGUUGGGACACUUCGGGAAGGAACCGUUUGGCACGUCCUGUAGUCUUGACUGGACCUCCAGGGAAUUUUCCGCCAGAAUGUACAACCUGCUCGUGGUCUUGUGUCUGCUGGUCCUGCCGCUGUGCUCCAUGGUCCUGUUUUCAGCUCGUGUCAUCAGUAAGCUCAACAUGCAAAUCACACCCUCCACCAACGGUCUAACUUCUGGUCUCACUGAAAUCGAGGGCCGACCCACCGUCGUCACUUCUGUCUUCAGUGAGAGUAGUUUCAUUCAAGCGAGAGCUUUCAAGAUUAUUUUGAUGACGCUGGUGGUGUUUGUCCUCUGCUGGUCCCCCUAUGGGAUCAUGUCAUUGCUCGUGCAGUUCAACGUUCCCAUCAGCCCCGGCGCCUCCGUUCUGCCCACCAUCAUGGCCAAGACUCAUUGUGCCAUCGGGCCCGCCGUCUACUUCUUCAGUCUGCGCUACUACCGCAUCUCCCUGCGAGAACUGCUCGGCAUGGACCACUCGUGAACAAGGCAACGGAUCCUAACUGAGUGGUGACAUUGCCAAAAACAAUAAAUAUAUAGAUAUUUAUCUUAGGACGAACAUGUCCUGAAAGACACGACUUUCACAAAUUUUUGAGGAUCGAGGCAGAUGCAUAAACAGUAAAAACGCGAAGACAGCACCGCCUCCCCUACCUUUCCUUUACCCCCUCACCCAGUCAUGUGACACUCAUUUCUGGGACUACUAAACACUGUUAAAGGGUU